AUGGUGAUCAAAGUCUUUGUAGCCACAUCUUCGGGGUCUACAGCGAUCAAAAAGAAACAGCAAGAAGUAGUGGGCUUUUUAGAGGCCAACAAGAUUGACUUUCAGCAAAUGGACAUAGCAGGUGAUGAAGACAACAGGAAAUGGAUGAGAGAGAAUGUCCCGGGAGAAAAAAAGCCUCAAAAUGGAAUUCCCCUCCCUCCACAGAUCUUCAAUGAGGAGCGGUACUGUGGGGAUUUUGAAUCCUUUUUCUCUGCUAAAGAAGAAAAUAUUAUUUAUUCAUUCCUGGGUCUUACUCCUCCUCCAGGCACAAAGGAGACUGAAAAGUCUGAUGCCACUGACGAAACUGAGGCACACACGGAAGACAAGGCAGAUGAAGGGGCUCACGAAGAGGCUCAGUCUGCUCAGUCACCAUCAGAAGAUCAACAGGAAAGCAAGGACGAAGAUGCAGCAACAGGGGAAGAAGAAGAGAAGCAGGAAGAGGGAGAAGAAAAGGAAGAGGAGGAGGAGCAAGAAGAGUCUUAG